AUGAGCGAUAUCGAGAAACAGUACGACCCAGCGGUGCCAGAUGCUGCGAAAGAGAGCGAUGAACUGGGCAUACAGCUGGAGAGUAUUGAUCCAGUUUUCGAAGCAAAAAUUGUUCGCAAGCUUGAUCUUUUCGUUAUUCCGGUGGUAAUGCUGCUGUAUUUGCUCAGUUUCCUCGAUCGAGUCAACAUCGGCAAUGCGCGACUCUAUGGUCUACAGGAAGACCUUAACAUGGACGAUUCUCAAUUUCAGACCGCAGUUUCGAUUCUCUUCGUAACAUACAUUCUCUCUGAGGUGCCGUCGAAUUUGGUCUUGAAGAAACUCACGCCUUCGCGAUGGAUAGCAUUCAUCACCGUCGCUUGGGGUAUCAUCGCGACCUUGACUGGUAUCGUACAGAGCUACGGUGGCUUGAUCGCAUGUCGUCUGCUCCUUGGUGCUGUUGAAGGAGGUCUGUUCCCUGGAAUGGCCGUUUACCUGACAUUUUUCUACACCAAACGUGAACUGGCCCUGCGCAUCGGAUACCUCUUCGUCUCCGCUGCGCUUGCUGGAGCAUGCGGUGGUCUCCUCGCCUAUGCAAUUGGGCACAUGGACGGCACAGCCGGUCAGCGUGGAUGGCGCUGGAUCAUGAUAAUAGAAGGAAUUCCUACUUUUGCCCUAGGUAUCGCAACCUGGUUCAUUCUUCCCAAUACCCCAGAAACGGCCUAUUUCUUCACUGCUGAGGAGAAGGCUUUUGCUGCAGCUCGGCUCAAGCGCCAAACCGGGUACACCAAGAAAGCAGCAGAGUUCCACUGGGACGACGUGAGGAAGUGCGUCAAGGACUGGAAGGUCUGGGUAUUCUGCUUCGCACAGUUCGGGAGUGAUACCAUGCUUUACGGUUACUCUACUUUCUUGCCGACUAUUAUCAGGUCGAUCAACACCACCGCUAGCAGCGCGAUGAUACAAGUCCUUACCAUUCCGUGUUACGCACUGGGUGCGAUUACGUACCUGGUUGUUGCGCGUUUCUCGGACAAACAGCAAAAGCGCGGAUUCUACAGUAUCUUGCUUGGCGUGGUUAGUAUUGUUGGAUACGCCAUGUUGAUCAGCGAUGCGAGCUCUGGCGUUCACUACGCGGGUUGUUUCCUCGUCGCGAUGGGACUGUAUGUUUGUGUUGGUUUGCCAUUGGCUUGGCUUCCUACGAAUCUGCCGCGAUACGGAAAGAGGACAACCGCAACGGGAUUGCAGUUGAGUAUCGGUAAUUGUGCGGGUAUCAUGAGUGCUUUUAUAUACCCUACAGCGGACCGACCUCGCUUUAUCAAAGGUCAUGGAAUUACUAUGGCCAUGGUGGGUUUUGCUUGUAUAUGCUACGCUGUUAUGUGGUUUCAACUUGGACGUAUCAACUCGAGACGUGAGAAGGGUGAGGAAGAGCAUUUGGUCGAGGGAAUGGCUGAGGAGGACAUUGCUGAGAUGGGUGACGAUAGUCCCAGGUUCAGGUAUACCAUCUGA